AUGGCCCCGUCUGAACCAGACAUCGGCAUCGUCAUGAUUGGGUUCGCGCACGGCAAAGGGGCCAAGGUGGAGAUUGGUCGCGGGCUCAUAUUCUACGCCGGGCUCUUCUGGCAGGCAAGCAAGCUUCCAUGGCCCGAAGUCCAAGAGCUGGCGCGGGACUUCGACGGCAUCAUAGCGACCCGCUGGCCACGGUACUACGAAGAGAUCCGAGGCAUAGCGGAUGGAGCAGGUCGCGACAUUCUCGAUAUUCUUGCGCUGAAUGUGCGAUCCGAAAUAGUGUUUGGGCAGUUCAGCGACGGCUGUACCAGCGCGUACUGCCGGAGCGACGCCUACUCGUACCUGGGGCAGAACUGGGAUUGGAAGGAGGAACAAGGGGAGAAUCUGAUUCAGUUGACCAUCACCCAACCUGAUCUUCCCGCGAUCAAGAUGAUCACAGAGGCGGGAAUAAUUGGCAAGAUUGGACUCAACUCUGCAGGUGUUGGUGUCUGCUUCAACGCCAUUCGCGCCAGAGGACUCGACAAGACGCGACUCCCUGUCCACCUCGGCCUGCGACUAGCGCUGGAAAGCACCUCGGUCGAGCAGGCGUUGCGGCAGCUCCAGGAUAUCGGCAUGGCAAGCUCGGCACACUUUCUGAUCGGGGACGCAACCACGGCGGUCGGCCUCGAGUUCACGUCCAGCACAUUCGCCCAGGUCCCCGUCAACAACGCUGGCUUCGUUGUGCACGCAAAUCACAUGCUGCUCACUCACCCGGGGAUCUACGAGCCACAUUGGCUGGACGACUCGGCGCCGCGCGUCGAGACAAUGGAAAGGAACAUCAUCGCGGCGGGUGAGGUAUCUUGGGACCGCUUUCGCACUCUGUUCGAGGACGAGACUGGAUAUCCUUGUGCGAUUAAUAGGGCGGCAGAAGGAAAGGGCGAGUUUCCGACGCUUUUCAACAUCUGCAUCGACCUGAGGAGGCGGGCGGCAGUGGUGAGAGUUGGCCGACCGACUGCAGGCGACAGCGGCCAAGUGCUGUCCUUCGAAGAGUAG